UUACUGCCCGUGCGCCCCUCUGCAGACCGCCCAGAUCUCCAUUCAAACACGGCUGUGUACCGAGUGAUGACACUCAAGUCUCCGCCAUUCAGCAUCUGAACUGAGUUUCUCCCCCGAAGAAUAAAACUGGCUGCGGAGAUUGAAGGCACACUUAACCCAGAGCGAGAGAGUGGGGUGGAAAUAAUACUGUCCCACAAAUACUGACUGUACUUCAAGCUUAUUAGCUGAGUUACAACAGACUGCAAACAUGGCGAGCGCCUCCUACCACAUCUCUAAUCUGCUGGAGAAAAUGACGUCCAGCGACAAGGAUUUCAGGUUCAUGGCCACAAAUGACCUGAUGUCCGAGCUGCAGAAGGACUCCAUCAAGCUGGACGACGACAGCGAGCGCAAGGUGGUGAAGAUGAUCCUCAAACUGCUGGAGGACAAGAACGGGGAGGUGCAGAACCUGGCUGUCAAAUGUCUGGGCCCCCUGGUCAGUAAAGUAAAGGAGUACCAGGUGGAGACCAUCGUGGACACGCUCUGCACCAACAUGCUGUCCGAUAAGGAGCAGCUGCGCGACAUUUCCAGCAUCGGCCUCAAGACUGUGAUCGGAGAGCUUCCUCCAGCGUCCAGCGGCUCCGCCCUCGCCGCCAGCGUGUGCAAAAAGAUCACGGGCCGCCUGACCAGUGCCAUUGCCAAGCAAGAGGACGUGUCUGUGCAGCUCGAGGCCUUAGACAUCAUGGCUGACAUGCUGUGCAGACAGGGGGGCCUGCUGGUGAACUUCCACCCCUCCAUCCUGAGCUGCCUGCUGCCCCAGCUGACCAGCCCGCGCCUGGCCGUGAGGAAGAGGACCAUCAUCGCGCUGGGCCACCUAGUCAUGAGCUGCGGGAACCUGGUGUUCGUGGACUUGAUCGAGCACCUGCUGUCCGAGCUGUCCAAGAACGACUCCAUGUCCACCACACGCACCUACAUCCAGUGCAUCGCCGCCAUCAGCCGCCAGGCCGGCCACCGCAUCGGUGAAUACUUGGAGAAGAUCAUCCCCCUGGUGGUGAAGUUCUGCAACAUCGAUGACGAUGAGCUGAGGGAGUACUGCAUCCAGGCCUUUGAGUCGUUCGUCCGAAGGUGUCCCAAGGAGGUGUACCCCCACGUCCCCACAGUCAUCAGCAUCUGCCUGACCUACCUGACCUACGACCCCAACUACAACUACGACGACGAGGACGAGGACGAGAACGCCAUGGACGCCGACGGGGCGGACGAGGACUACCAGGGGAGUGAUGACGAGUACAGCGACGAUGACGAUAUGAGCUGGAAGGUGCGGCGCGCGGCGGCCAAGUGUCUGGACGCGGUGGUGAGCACGCGGCACGAGAUGCUGCCGGAGUUCUACCGCACAGUGUCCCCCGCGCUGAUUGGCCGCUUCAAAGAGCGCGAGGAGAACGUGAAGGCCGACGUGUUCCACGCCUACCUGUCCCUGCUCAAACAGACACGCCCCGCCCAGAGCUGGCUGUGUGACCCUGACGCCAUGGAGCAGGGGGACACGCCACUCACCAUGCUGCAGAGCCAGGUGCCCAUGACUGUGAAGGCCCUGCACAAGCAGAUGAAGGAGAAGAGUGUGAAGACCCGCCAGUGCUGCUUCAACAUGCUGACGGAGCUGGUGAACGUGCUGCCUGGAGCGCUGACUCAGCACAUCCCCGUGCUGGUCCCGGGCAUCAUCUUCUCUCUGAACGAUAAGUCCAGCUCGUCCAACCUGAAGAUCGACGCGCUGUCCUGCCUGUACGUCAUCCUGUGCAACCACCAGCCGCAGGUCUUCCACCCGCACGUGCAGGCGCUGGUGCCGCCCGUGGUGUCCUGCGUGGGAGACCCCUUCUACAAGAUCACGUCGGAGGCUCUGCUGGUCACGCAGCAGCUGGUGCGGGUGAUCCGGCCGCUGGACCAGCCCGACGCCUUCGACGCCACGCCCUACAUCCAGGACCUGUUCUCCUGCACCGCCCGCCGCCUCAAAGCCGCCGACAUCGACCAGGAAGUGAAGGAGCGCGCCAUUUCCUGCAUGGGUCAGGUGAUCUGUAACCUGGGCGACAGCCUGGGGGCGGACCUCCCGCCCACGCUGCAGAUCUUCCUGGAGCGUCUGCGGAACGAGAUCACGCGGCUGACCACGGUCAAGGCGCUGACGCUGAUCGCGGGCUCGCCGCUGGGCAUCGACCUGCGGCCCGUCCUGGGCGAGGCCGUGCCCAUCCUGGCGUCCUUCCUGCGCAAGAACCAGCGGGCGCUGAAGCUGAGCACGCUGGCGGCGCUGGACAUCCUGGUGAAGAGCUACGGCGACGCGGCCACGCCCGCCAUGAUCGACGCCGUGCUGGCGGAGCUGCCGCCGCUCAUCAGCGAGAGCGACAUGCACGUGUCCCAGAUGGCCAUCGGCUUCCUCACCACGCUGGCCAGCGCCCACCCCGACUCGCUGUCCAAGAUCAGCGCCGCCAUCCUGCCCGAGCUCAUGGCGCUGGUGCGCUCCCCUCUCCUGCAGGGCGGCGCUCUCUGCGCCAUGCUGGACUUCUUCCAGGCGCUGGUCUCCACGGGGACGGCGGGGCUGGGGUACAUGGACCUGCUGCGCAUGCUGACGGGGCCCGUGUACGCCCAGAGCGCCACGCUGGCGCACAAGCAGUCCUACUCCUCCAUCGCCAAGUGCGUGGCCGCGCUCACCCGCGCCUGCCCCAAGGAGGGCCCGGCCGUGGUGGGCCAGUUCAUCCAGGACGUGAAGAACUCGCGCUCCACCGACUCCAUCCGGCUGCUGGCGCUGCUGUCGCUGGGGGAGGUGGGCCACCACGUGGACCUGAGCGGCCAGCCCGAGCUGCAGGCCGUCAUCCUGGACGCCUUCUCCUCCGCCAGCGAGGAGGUGAAGUCGGCGGCGUCCUACGCGCUGGGCAGCAUCAGCGUGGGGAACCUUCCGGAGUACCUGCCCUUCGUGCUGCAGGAGAUCUCGAGCCAGCCCAAGCGCCAGUACCUGCUGCUGCACUCGCUGAAGGAGAUCAUCGGCUCGGCGUCCGUCACGGGGCUCCGCCCCUACGUGGAGAGCGUGUGGACGCUGCUGCUGAAGCACUGCGAGUGCACCGAGGAGGGCACCCGAAACGUGGUGGCCGAGUGCCUGGGCAAGCUGACCCUCAUCGACCCCGAAACGCUGCUGCCCCGCCUCAAAGGCUACCUCCUGUCAGGAUCCUCCUAUGCCAGAAGCUCAGUAGUGACUGCAGUAAAGUUCACCAUUUCUGACCAUCCACAGACCAUCGAUCCUCUGCUCAAGAACUGCAUAGGUGACUUCCUGAAGACGCUGGAAGACCCAGACCUCAACGUGCGACGGGUUGCCCUGGUUACGUUCAAUUCGGCAGCGCACAAUAAGCCUUCGCUGAUCCGGGACCUGCUGGACACCGUUCUGCCGCACCUUUACAACGAGACCAAAGUGCGCAAGGAGCUCAUCCGCGAGGUGGAGAUGGGGCCAUUCAAACACACGGUGGACGACGGGCUGGACAUUCGCAAGGCUGCGUUCGAGUGCAUGUACACACUGCUGGACAGCUGCUUGGACAGACUAGACAUCUUCGAGUUCCUCAACCAUGUGGAGGACGGGCUGAAGGACCAUUACGACAUCAAGAUGCUGACGUUCCUGAUGCUGGCCCGGUUGUCCACACUGUGCCCCAGUGCUGUGCUGCAGAGGCUGGACCGGCUAGUGGAGCCACUACGAGCCACCUGUACCACAAAGGUAAAGGCAAACUCGGUGAAGCAGGAGUUUGAGAAGCAGGAUGAGCUGAAGCGAUCAGCCAUGCGUGCGGUGGUGGCGCUGCUCACCAUCCCCGAGGCAGAGAAGUCGCCCCUGAUGAGCGAGUUCCAGUCCCAGAUCAGCUCCAACCCCGAGCUGGCCGCCAUCUUCGACAGCAUCCAGAAGGACUCCACCUCCGCCAACAUGGAGUCCAUGGACACCAGCUAAAACGGCGCCGCCUCCACCGCUUCCAAACAAACGUCAAUAAUCCUAAAAAAGAGAAAAAAAACCCGGGCGACCAGUUUAUCGUUCCACGCAUUGCACUGAAACUACAGUUUAAAUAAUAAUAAAAAAUUAAAAAUGGGGGGAUAUAAUGGAAAAAAGAAUUUAAAAAGAAAAACAUUGUUGAAGCUCCAAUGCGUAUCACUCUGUUCCUCCUUUCCCAUAAACACGCGGUAUGUUUGGCUACAUGUUCAUGGUUGCUUUUUUUGUCUAGUGUUUAUAAUUCCAUGGGGUCUGCAGAGUACAGUGGUACUUCAGUCUGCCGCCCCCCCUCCCCCCCUCCCCCGCGGGUGGGUGGCACCACGGCGUUCGGCUGAGAAGGGUUGGUUUUGGCGAUAGGGGACAGACGUUUCUCGUCGCACAUUUGAGCGGCAUCGGAGUGAAAUGCAAUGACAGGAGUGCAGGGGGGUUGAUAAUAAUAUUCCGCAUUUGCCGUUGCUGAAGCAUUCUUAUUUUUAAACACUUCCUUUUUGGUUUGCCAUGUCGUUUGCAGCAGGUUGCUGGGGGAGGUCGUUCUGUACGAUUUGAGUAUCAUUUCUGCCUUAUCCUUGUGUUGUGAGUGUUGAUUGGCAGGCAGGUUGGGACCCAGCGUACGUGUGGUUUGUGAGAUUAUAUUGUGGGCAGGCUUGGCACAGGCUGGGCGUUUGGUGGGAAGGACAGGAUGUGCAUCUGAACCUCGUUUGUUCAGACGAGUGAGUUAUGUUGAAAUUGUACUGUCUUCUUUCUGACUUACUAUUUUUUCCGCUUUUCAUUUUUGAAAGCAGGGAGCAGAAAAGCAGGGAGCAGAUUCUGUUCCUGGUAAAAGCGUGUACAGUAUGAUCAGUGCGCUCUCCGCCACCAUUAGUAUUACUUUUAGUAUGAGUGUUUUUUUUACUGCACGUGUUGAUAGCUCCUGAACUUCACGGCACAGCGUGAAAUGCCAUUCAGAGUCCUCUGGAGCUUCAGGCAGGUGUGGCUGCGCCGGCUGUGUGGUUUCGGCAUGUCGGGGAAACCUGAACUAACGGCUGGAUUUCUCUGCCACGCUCUGACUGAACAGUGACAGCAGUGGUGUGCCCUGGCCCUCUCAGGAGUGAAGAGCUGUAGCGUUUGGUGUAGUUGGCUAAAUCUGUCAGAGCCGUUUGAGUGCAGAACACCUGCAGUCCUGAAGCCUCAAAUCCACUCCUCUUGGGGAGAAAAGAAAAAAAAAGGAGUUGGGUGGAAGCCCGUAGAUUUUCACAUUUUUGUCGUUCUCUCAUCUCGAGCACGGUGCCAUCCACGUUAGGCUUUUUGGUGACACCUGUGGUUCGGUUGAUGCAAAAAGACUUCUUCAAAUUUGAGGGGGUGAGGGAGGGGUGUGAAGUUACAGGUAACUCACCUUGAGGAGCUGUGAGCGUUGAAAGACCGCUUUAUCUGCUUUUGUUUACUUUGUCAUUCCUGUGGACGGUGUGCUGGGACCGAACGUGUUGCGGGAGCCUGGUCUGUGGUGCUUGGACCAGUCUAGCGAGCUUGGUCAGCGAGUCCGGCCUCUAAGCUGUAGAAAGCUGUGAUGACUCAUACAUUUUUUUUCAUCUAUGAAGAGAAAAGAAAAACAAUCCGCUGAGGAGAAAUGUCUAAUAAAAACUUCUACUUCUGCCUGC